AUGGGAAAUUUUCUUUCGUGCUUAUUCAGUAGUUCAUCGAAACGCUCAUGUCGUGGUUUACAACCAUCAAUCAAUGAAAGCAAUCAACGAACAGACGCAGGUUCAAAUCUGCGCUCGACUCCAUCUCGAGACAAUCUCUCAACAUAUCAAAUCAAUCCAAGAGAACUUGAAAAAUAUAAACUACACAAAGCAUCAUGGGAGGGCAAGCUUCAUAAAGUAGAGCGUCUUGCUCGUCCAGGUGUAAUCGAUCUUCAAGACCAACAACUCAGAACUCCAUUGCAUUUGGCUGUUGCCAGAGGACAUUUGAAUGUGGUACAUCGUCUUGUUAAUGAAGGUGCAAGAUUAAAUAUCGUUGAUAAACAGCAACGAACACCCUUAGUCACGGCUGUUAUUAGUGGAGCUGAUGCUUUUAUUAAUGCUGUGGAUAUUCAGGGAAAAAAUGCUUUACACUAUGCAAUUGAUAUUCAAAAUGAACAUCUUGUUGAUCUCUUUCUAUCAUUGCAACAUUGUGAUCCAAAUUUUCGAGAUCGUGAUCAAAUGACACCAUUACAUUUAGCAGUCCAAGUAAAUAAUCCUACGCUCAUUCAAAUCCUUUUAUCUGAAAAUCAUGAAACUCAAGCUGAUCCAAAUUUACCAAAUAGAAAUAGACAAACACCAUUACAUAUGGCAGCUAGCCUCGGUUAUAUGGACAUAAUUCGUACUUUACUUCAGUCGGAUCUUCCCGAACCUUGCGAUCCAUCAAUUCUCGAUGGUAGACAAUUGACUGCAUAUCAAUUGGCUCUAGAAAAUCAUCAUGAAUCAUGUGCUAAAUUAAUCGAUGAAUAUCAACAAAGUUUGACAAAACUUUCAUCUCGAAGAGAAAUGUCUGAAUCAAUUAAUGAAAAAGAAAUAAAUCCUGUUAUGAAUCCAUGA